AUGGGAGAUGAGACCCAACUUCGCAUAGUGAUGCUACCGUGGUUGGCACAAGGUCAUAUUAAUCCUUUCAUAAAUCUUUCCAAGGCCUUGGCAAGCCAUUGGGACGUAAAAGUCUCGAUCGUAUCAACCCCUGUCAAUAUAUCCCGAAUCAGAUCUCACUUGCAGGAGGAACCCAUCCACCUGUUGGAGUUGCAAUCGCCCUCUGUCGACGGACUUACCCCUGGCGUCGAAUGCACAUCAGACAUUAAACCAGAAUCAGCCCAUCUCCUUCACAGGGCAUUCGAUCAACUGGACAAGCCGUUUGGUGUACGACAUCGUAGGGCCAUGGGCUGCGACGGUGGCCUCCCACCUGGACAUACCGAACUUUGCGUUCUCCGUCUACAGUCCAGCGGCAUUCGCUUAUUUUGUAGGCCAUUGCAAGGCAGCAGAGAGUCUCAGGGACAUGAAGGCGGAAGAUUUGACCCAACCUCCGACGGAUUAUCGGCUGCCUAUCAUCUCGUGGAGACUGUCAUGGGCAACUUCAUUGCAUUCGCCGACCGUGUGUGGGCGUGUUGCCAGCAGUCGUGUGGAAUAGUGAUAAAGUCGUGCUUUGAAGAGGAGGACAAGUAUCUGAAAUACCGAAGCCAUAUUACUGGAAAGCCAGUGAUUUCCGUUGGUCCAUUAGUGAUUGCCGGUGGGGCAACGGAGGAUAAGUCUGGAAAUUAUGUCUACCAGACACCAGGUCUACAUGGAGCACUUAGUGAAAGGGGCAGGUCAACCAUUGUCUGA